CAUCUCUCUCUCUCUCUCCUCCUCCGGCACAGUCUGGCGCUCUCUGCUCUCCUCUCCGCGCAGAUUUCUAAUCCUCCUUCUGAAUCUCAAAGUGUCCGGACCAAAAACUGCACCAUUCCUGAGGACAACUUUCUGUACUGCUCAUGUACUUAUCGGACCUACAGACCAGAAGAAACGCUUGGAGAACACCUGGACACUGUUACUUCCUGGUUAUAUAACUUUUGUUGCACUUGAACGCCUCUUUUACAUUCCAAAGACUGUGGCCCUGGACGGAAAUUAGUAUUUUCUUUUUUAAAACAAGUAUUUUAUCUUGUUACAAAACUAUUCCGAGAAGACCAAGCAGAGAGCAGAAGCCUACUUUUUGCACAAAUUAGAAUUAGUCUUAAUCGUUUUUAGUUUUUUUUACUACGUGUAGUCUUGUAUUAAGUUACCAAACAGUGAACAAUGGCAGGUAUAACCUCUCUGGAUGCUGUGAAGAGGAAGAUUCAGUCUUUACAGCAGCAGGCUGACGAAGCAGAGGAGAAGGCUGAGAUCAAACAGAGAGAGCUGGAAAGUGAACGGGAGCUCCGAGAAAAAGCCGAGGGUGAUGUAGCAGCUCUGAACCGUAGGAUCCAGCUGGUGGAGGAGGAGCUGGACCGAGCCCAGGAGAGGCUGACCACAGCGCUGCAGAAACUAGAGGAGGCUGAGAAGACCGCAGAUGAAAGCGAGAGAGGGAUGAAGGUGAUCGAGAACCGAGCGAUGAAGGACGAGGAGAAGAUGGAGCUUCAGGAGAUUCAACUGAAAGAGGCUAAACACAUCGCUGAGGAGGCCGAUCGUAAAUAUGAAGAGGUGGCCCGUAAGCUGGUGAUCUUGGAGGGGGAACUUGAGAGAGCAGAGGAUAGGGCCGAGCUUUCAGAAGUUAAAGCCUCUGACCUGGAGGAGGAGCUGAAAAAUGUGACAAACAACCUGAAGUCCUUAGAAGCUCAGUCUGAGAAGUACUCAGAAAAAGAAGACAAGUACGAGGAGGAGAUUAAGACUCUGACUGACAAACUGAAGGAGGCUGAAACCCGUGCAGAGUUUUCUGAGCGGUCAGCUGCCAAACUGGAAAAGUCCAUUGAUGACCUGGAAGAUAAACUAAAAGAGGCCAAAGAGGAGAACAUGGGGAUGCAUCAAGUCCUGGACAAGACCCUGGAGGAGCUGAACAGCUUAUAAACACACAGAGGAAGCUGGAGAGGAUGAGAUUGUCACGUUACAUCCCUUCGAUGUACAACUCCAUUCCACAUUUUGGGCUGUAAAAUCUUUAUUCCCCACUGAAGGGGAAUAAACUUAAUGCUUGACCCUUAAUGUUGUUGUUUUUUUCCAAAGGCACAACUUUCUUUUUUAAAGAUGGGAAGUCAUAAUGACCACAUCUUUUCUUGUUUUAUUGCCAGCAUUGAUUGCAGAAAUUCUCCCCAGAAUCCUUUUUGACCACUUUUUUUUUUCAAGCACAGGCAAUCCAAUAUACACCCAUAUAAACUGAACAUUUGGUCAACAACCGCUCAAAUUGGUUCCAUUUAACAUUUUUUUAUGCACAUACACAAGUCCUUUUCUGGUUAAUUCAAUUAAGAACGCGCUAGAAUCUGCUCAGUCUACAUUACUUUGGCUCAAAUGUCCCCUAGUGGUAAUAUGAAGUAAGUCAAAACUUUUAUUUUUGGAUCAUUUUGAACCACCUUAAAGGGCUACAGGUUAGCGGUGUAUUGACCCUGCAAUAUCCCACCUGACUGUUUGAUUUUAAGCAGCAUGUCAGGUGGACGGGUCAAAUAGACAGGUGACCUGACGGAAAGGUUUUCAAACGUUGCCAGGCACAUCCUUACAUUCAUUUAAUUAGUAAGCCUCUUCCAAACUCCUUUUAUCCUGAGGCCUACAUUUUGAGGGUGCACUGAAAAUGUAUGUGCAUAUUUUUAUCUACUUUGUUGUUGGUGUGGGAAUCUGUGCGGAGCCUGGGAGUUGUGCAUGUAGUUUCUAAACUCUGACAUGCAUUUUUAAGCUGUACUACCUUUCCUUGAGCUUGACCUGACCAAUGACAGUCUGCAUAAAUGCCAACAAUAUGCAGUAAUGUAGCCAAUUUGAAUUAGAUUUACAAUACUUUGUAUUACCGAAGCGAGCUAAACCAAAACCACUGGAAGCUCAGUCAAGUUUUAUCAACCUUGGAUACUUGUUGUAUAUAGUAGAAUAAUGUUAGGUAUGUGACAAAUUGUAUUACUUUGAUUAUUAUUUUUUUUGUUUCAUUUACACCACUUCUUUAUGCCAAGAUGAACUCUCAAGACCAAAGAACACACAUGACGCAGACAAUAAAUCCUUAAAAUUUUUUAUUUUUGUUUGUAACGGUCAUCGUGGUUUCAUCUCUCGCCAGGGCCAUAAGACCAUUUUGGAAUAUUUCAUUCACCACCCCCACUCUUUGUCAACCUAAUAAAUGUUUUACAGAAAU